AUGGAGCAAAGAGGGAAGAGGACACGGGACGCUCUUCUCGGGGUCCGGCUGGUCCCCCCCGUGCUUUUGCUGCCGCUGCUGCAGCUGGUGGGGGGGGCUCCCCUGGGCCAGAGGCUGUACCCCAUGCCGGCCAGCAUCCUGCAAGCGCCAGCUGUGCCCCCUGCCAUGCCCCCCAGCUGCCAGACCCUGCUGGAUGCCCAGGCGCUGCCCGAGCUGCCCCAGCGCAACUGGGCGCUGAGCCAAGCCUGUGCCCCCUACCAGCGCCUGUGCCCGCCCGAGGGGGCCCUGCACACCUGCGCCCCGCUCAGCGCCCAGCUCUGCCGCCACCGCCUCCAGGAGUGCCAGACGGUGUCCGCAGCCCCGAGUACUGACGCAGCAGCGGAGGCGGCAAUGCCAGGGAGCUGUGGGCGCCGCGGGGUCCCACAAGCCAACGCCACUGCCCCCCGAGGACGGAUCAUGGGCGGCAGCGUGGCCCCGCGGGGCGCCUGGCCCUGGCUGGUGUCGGUGCGGCUGCACGGGGAGCUGAUGUGCGGAGGGGUGCUGGUGGGGCGCUCCUGGGUGCUCACGGCGGCGCACUGCUUUGGCGGGAACCGGAACGAGCUGGCAUGGACAGUAGUGGUGGGCGACUACGAACUGGGCAAGCCGGGAGUGGGCAAGCGGGCAGUGCCCGUCCGGCGCAUCCUGCCUCACCCUAAGUUUAACCCUAAGACGUUUCACGGGGACCUGGCGCUGCUGGAGCUGGCAGUGCCGCUGGCACCAUCACCCACCGUCAGCCCCGUGUGCCUUCCCAGCGGCCCCGCGGAGCCCAGCCCCGGCACCCCCUGCUACAUCGCGGGCUGGGGCUCCCUCUACGAAGAGGGACCAGCAGCCGACGUGGUGAUGGAGGCGCAGGUGCCCCUGCUCAGCCAGGAGACGUGCCGGGGUGCCCUGGGCAAGGACCUUCUCACCAGUGCCAUGUUCUGUGCUGGGUAUUUGUCUGGAGGCAUCGACUCCUGCCAGGGCGACUCAGGGGGCCCGCUGGCGUGCGAGGACCCCUCUUCACACCACUUUGUCCUCUACGGUAUCACCUCGUGGGGUGAUGGCUGCGGUGAGCGGGGCAAGCCAGGAGUCUACACCCGUGUCACUGCCUUCACGGACUGGCUGAGUCUCCAGAUGGACUCUGCCCCUGGCAGCCGAGAGCCGAGCUGCUUCGACCUGCUGGCUUUGGCGCAGCUGCCCCCCGAGCAGCAGAGCCCGGAGCGCACUCGUCUCUGUGCCUUCUACGCUGGGUCCUGUCGGGCACCUCAGGGCCGGGCCACCUGUGCCCGCCUGGCCGAGGAGACCUGCCACGCAAGGACGAGGCGAUGUGAGCUGCACUCCUAUGCCCAGAACUUGGUUGAUCUCCUGCGCCAGGCUGGGGACUUCAUCCGAAACCAGUUUGAUUUCUCCUUUCUCACCCGCACUCUGCCCCAGCUCCUGGGCAAGAUCUACGGGCAUUUCUUCCCUCCCCGUGUCCGCAGGGAUGCCCCAGACCUGGCUGUGGCAGGGGAUCAAUCCAGCCCCUCAGUAGUGGGACUCCAGAGACCACCCAGCAGGUGGGGGGGCAGGCAGCUGCCCCCUUUUGCAGAGCUUUUUGGGCUAGUGGGACCCCAGCUGCAGGACUGGGUGGAGGCUCUGAGGACCGUGGCAGGGGGCAGCCACCUGGUGACAACACGGGACAGGGAGCAGCUCCCUGGGGAGACGCAGCUCUUCCUGCAGGGUGAGGAUGUGGUGGAGGAGAUGGUGGCACAGGGACGAGCCUUCCUCACCCAGCUGCGGGCAGAGUUGGACCUUGGCACCACCUUGGAAGCCAUGGAGCCACAACAGGCAUCUGGAGAGCUGGAAGGCACCCCCGUGCCAAACCAUGAACCCCGAUCUGCACUGAGGGAGAAACGUGAACUGGUCUCCACGGAGCUGCCCAGGGUGGAGGAGGAGGAGGCAGGCAUGGGCAGAGCCUGCCCUGGUCUCAACGAGUCGGCAGUGCGGGUGGGCGCGGUGCGGGACCUGUACGCCUGGGUGCUGCGGGUGCCCGAGGCAGACCUGGCCAUGACCUUCCAAGAGAUCCUGGUGGACUUGGGCUCCAAAAACACCAAGGGACUGUACCGGGCACAAGUUCGGGCCACUGUAGGGGGUCGCCCCACAGCCUUCACUGGCCUCGUGGGGCUGGAGAGUGACUCACUGGCCCGUAGCAUGCCUGGCCUCGUUGCUCUGGCACUUGAAGCGCUGAAAACCUAAUGGUACCUCUAAGGCAGUGUGCCAGCAUGGGGAGAGGGCACUGGGGCA